AUGUCCUCCAUAAUGCAUAAAGCGUUCCUCUUCACCCUCCUCGCUCUAUCUCCCUCCAUCAAGGCAUGCGAAGUCCUCAAGGACGUCUCGCACACCUUCUACGGCUACCCCGACAACGACCCUCCCGGCCCAGACAUCCUCUACAACUGCGGCCGAGGCAACAGUGCCGGCGGAGUUGGCACGUACGAUGACCCAGUCACCUUCGCCACAGCCAGGGGCGAAUUCGAGGAGUGCGAGAUGAUCUACGUGCCCUAUUUGCAGAAGUACGCGCGCAACGAGGAUUUCUGCGCGGCCUGCGACAAGAACUGGGAAAGGGACAUCUGGCACAUCGAUGUCUGGACGGGCUCGGCCUCAGUGAACGGCGGAGGAGACCAAGUCAGCUGUGAGAAUACGCUGACUCCGCCGCCUUUGUCGAUCGUGAGAAUGCCGAAACAGGGGCUGCCGGUGAAUGAGCUGCCACUUUACAGCGCAGAUGGGGAAUGGAGAUGUGACACAGCAAGUGCACAUAUAAGACCUCUUACGCUGCUCCUUUUCCUCUUCCUCUUCCUGGUCCUCGUCCGAGAGACUGACCUCGCCAUCACACGCAUCGGUUAUUCCAUCAUGGCCUUGGAUAUUACCACCUUCCAUAAUGUCAUCAGCAACGAACUGACCAGCACCGAAACCACCCAUCACGGCAUCAAUCCAGCCAACCGCCAACCGAACCCGCCGGUCCCAGUCUCAACGGCCUACGAUCUCGACAAAGCCGUCCAUGCAGCUCACGCAGCUUUUAAGAAAUGGUCUCUUACCUCCUUCGAAGAGCGUCGAGUGGCACUGAACGCUUUCGCCGAUCUCAUCGAAGAAAACAGGGAUUCCCUAGCUACCUUGCUGACACGUGAACAGGGCAAACCCUUGGACCAAUCCCAGAUGGAAAUCAACAUGACCCUACAGUGGACACGCACUCUACCCACCCUCGAGUUGCCCGAAACAGUAAUCGAGGAGACGGACGAACGCAAGGUUAUUCAGCGAUACGUCCCGCUAGGCGUCAUCGGCGCCAUCGUACCCUGGAAUUAUCCUCUCCUGCUAGCGGUCGGGAAGAUCGUGCCUUCCAUCUACACGGGUAAUGCGGUGAUUGUCAAACCGUCGCCAUUCACGCCAUACUGCGAUCUCAAGCUUGCGGAGCUGGGCACGAGAUGCUUCCCGCCGGGUCUGUUGCAGGCUUUGAGCGGUGGCGAUGAUCUGGGUUCGAUGAUGACGGAGCAUCGGAGAAUCGACAAAAUUAGUUUUACGGGAUCCAGUGUCACGGGUCGGAGGAUUAUGGCUAGCUGUGCGAAAACGCUGAAGAGAAUCACGCUGGAGCUGGGGGGUAAUGAUCCGGCGAUUCUAUGCGAUGAUAUUGAUAUUGAUGCUGUGGUUCCGAAGGUGGCAAUUCUAUCGUUCCUUUGCACCAGUCAGAUAUGCAUGAUGAUUAAACGGCUCUACAUCCACGAGAACAUAUACGAUGAGUUCCGCGAUAAGCUGGUCAAAUUUGUUCGAGCAUUCAAGAUGGGCGAAGGAAACGAACCCGACGUAUUCAUCGGUCCAAUUCAGAACGAAAUGCAAUUCGAAAAAGCCAAAAAUAUCUUCGAGACCAUUCAGAAAGAUGCCCUGAAUCCUAUCCUAGGAGGUAACAUCCCAGAAUCGAAUGGAUAUUUCGUCCCGCCGGCCAUCAUCGAUAAUCCCCCUGAAGCGUCGCGCGUGGUCCAGGAGGAGCCGUUUGCGCCUAUCCUGCCUUUGUUGAAGUGGAGUUCAGAGAGCGACGUGAUUGAUCGCGCGAACGACAGCGAUUUGGGCUUAGGUGCGUCGGUCUGGAGCAAAGAUUUGAAGCGAGCGCAGCGCAUCGCGAGUCAAUUAGAGGCUGGCAAUGUCUGGGUGAACUCACACUUUGAUGUGCUGCCAAAUAUUCCUUACGGUGGCCACAAAGCCAGUGGGAUCGGUGUGCAAUGGGGUGUUGACGGUUUGAAAUCAUACUGUAACUCUCAGAGAUUGUGGUUGAAGAAGAGCCCAUGA